GUCUAAAGGGUAAAUCAACGCCUGUCUUCCGUGGAUCGUCGAGAGGGUUAGACGAAAUGACGAUUUCAAAGAGUUUGAUUCUGAUGGGUCUUUUGGCCUCGGUCUCGGCCUCCAACCCGUUUCAUCAGACCAAUGGCUUUGUUCCAGCUGAAAGGCGGGGACCGCAUGGUCUGAUCAAUGAGAAUCUGCCUGUGAUUGACGGUAAGUCUGGGGAUUCCGAUUGGCCUCCAAUCCAGGAACCCUGGAGAUGUUUGGAGAGUGACGGUACCCAAGGCAUUGAGAGCUUCAACGCCGCCAUUCGGUCGAUGAGUGGAAUCUCUAAAGCUAAUCCCGAUUGUCCAAUUGUCACACCGGAGAUUUGUGUGGCUGCCGACUUUUUCCCUGUGCCAUGUAAUUGUCACGCUUACGUGAGAUGCUUUCAAAUGGAUACCGAUGGACCCUUGAUGCCUUGCAUCUACAAGUGCGAACCAUAUGACUUGAUCUUCAGUCCCAAUGAGGGCGUAUGUGUCAACGAGGAUGAGGCACCCCCUGGAAUUUGCUUCGACACACCUCCCCCGCCCCCCGUAGAGUUUACUACUUUGAAACCCUUCAUGACACCAAGCACAAUGAGUACCACCACGACUCCAACCACAACUCCAACCACAACUCCAACCACAACUCCAACCACAACUCCAACCACAACUCCAACCACAACUCCGACCACAACUCCAACCACAACUCCGACCACAACUCCAAGUCUUCCUGUGGAUUGCACUUACGCUGGGCAGACCUUCCCGUAUCCUGGAGAUUGCCACAAAUAUUACAUUUGCCUCCCCAAUGAUGACAAUGGGUUUGACGUCGAGAUUUUCAACUGCAAUGAGAUGAUUUAUGAUCCAAACCAAGCAUCAUGUGCUUGGCCGGGUCAGGAUGCGGCGGAUUUGCUUUGCAAUGAGGGAUACUAAAAUGCAGUGGAUGUUUUCUGUACUGUAACUUACCGAUUGAUUAACUAAGAAGCCAUUUUAAAUACAAGGAGUCAUAGAAAGGAACUAAA